CCCAUUGCAUUCUUGAAGUUGCAAAAUAUUAAGCUUGCUAUCCAUCUGCUUAAUUAAUUAAGAGUUCAUCAUGACCAUGGGCUCUAAUCUGUAUCAUUUUUGCUUCGGCUUCUCCAUUUCCUUGGUUCUGUUUGGCUUGGCCUUUGGGCAACUGUCCACAGAUUACUAUGCAUCAACGUGCCCAAAAGCUCUUUCUACCAUUAGAAAUGUGGUCUUUAAGGCAGUGGCUAAUGAACAUCGCAUGGGGGCUUCAUUGCUUCGUCUUCAUUUCCAUGACUGCUUCGUCAAUGGAUGCGAUGCAUCAAUCCUGCUGGACGACACUUCAAGCUUCACUGGGGAGAAAACAGCCGUCCCAAACAAAGAUUCAGCGAGGGGUUUCGACGUGAUCGAUACGAUAAAAUCUGCAGUCGAGAACAUUUGUCCCGGAGUUGUUUCUUGUGCAGAUAUUGUAGCUGUCGCCGCUCGUGAUUCUGUUGUUAAACUGGGAGGGCCGUGGUGGGCUGUUCAACUGGGCAGAAGAGACUCAACCACGGCGAGCUUUAGCGGCGCAAACAGCGGCAUCCCGUCGCCUUUCAUGGAUCUUGCUGCUCUUAUUUCCAAAUUCUCCAACAAAGGCUUCACUGCCAAAGAAAUGGUUACUCUCUCUGGAGCCCACACCAUAGGCCAAGCUGCGUGCAGAAACUUCCGAAGCCGCAUCUACAAUGAAACCAACAUCGAUUCGUCCUUCGCAGCGUCGCUGAAACCGAACUGCCCGAGCGCCGGCGGCGACAGCAGCCUUUCUCCCCUUGACGCAGACACUUCCGACGUCUUCGACAACGCUUAUUUCAAGGACCUGGUGAACAAGAAAGGCCUCCUGCACUCGGACCAGCAGCUCUUCAAUGGCGGCUCCACAGACUCUCAGGUCUCGGCUUACAGCACCGGUCCGGCGGCGUUUCGUUCGGAUUUUGCCGAUGCCAUGGUGAAGAUGGGGAGCCUCAGCCCUCUCACCGGAACGAAUGGCGAAAUUCGGAGCAAUUGCAGGAAAAUCAACUGAUGCGUGUUAUUUAUUAUCUGCGGCGUUGUUCACGGCGCGCCUGUGCCAUGCAAUAUGCUUUGAAUAAAAGGCGAUUCUAAUUAUGGAACUGUUUUAUAUACUUGGAAGAUGGGAUUUAAGCUAAAUUAGGUACGUCUAGUUUGUGAUGCAUUCCAGUAAUAGAAGAGCUUGGAAGUGUUAUUGCAUCUUGUUAAUUUCACAAAAAAAUGUGAAAUAAAUAUUAGUUCAGCACAUCAAUAGAUGUUUUUCCAUGAAAAUUUAGUACAUGUUUUAAGUCCGUUAGGAUUAAGGGUAACGACUAACAUAUAAUAAAUGUAUUUUAUUUUUAAUAUAAUAAAGGGCCAG